UACUUUGAUCAACCAAUGGAAUUCCAGAAUUCGGAUUGUGACAGAGAGAUUCCGAAUUGUUUUACGUACUACUUGUCUCUGCGUGUCACACCGGAAAUAAUGCAGUUUCGAUGUAAACAUUGUUUGACAGUGACACAACUUGUGUUUUUUUGGAUCGUUUGGACUUUCAUUUAUUUAAAAAACAAAACAAACAACAACAAUUCUUUGGAUUAUCUUACUGUGUUUAUUUGUGCUAUUGUUCAUGGCCCUGUGAUUUUUUUGUGUGUGUGUUUUUUGGUUUUUUUUUUUUAAUUGUGUUUGUGAUCCAUUCGACAACAGACACAGUCAAGGCUAAAUUCAGCAGAUCGUUGCACCAAAGAAGCUUUGAAAUAUAGUUUACAGCUUUACAUUUGAUAAAUAUCAAGCCUAAAGUCCAUAACGUUGAGGUAGCCAUGAUAAAAGUGACGAACAUUCCACCGGACACGUCCUGGGGUUCUUUGCUAUUUGUCUUCGAGAAUCGGAGAAAAAGUGGAGGCGGGUCAAUAAAGGAGUUGGAGUAUGACCCAGAUACUCAGUCAGCUGUCAUCACGUUUGAAGACCCUGCAGCUGUGGAGAGAGUUUUGGGGAAAGUGCCAAUUUUGUUUAGUGGAAAACAGAUUGGAGUGGAGGAAUUCCGACCGAACAUAAAAGAGGAGAGUACCGCUGAAGAGCCUGACACGGAAUCGGAGAAUGUUUUAGAGGUUAGGGGCGUGUCUUCAUCAACAAGCUCCGACACAGUGGAAAUGUACUUCGAGAAUACUCGUUGUUCAGGAGGAGGAGACAUAAAACAAAUAAUACGCGAGGCAGACGUGGCAUUUUACAUAAUAUUUGAGGAAGAAGGAGUGAUGGAAAAUGUACUGCGCAAGAAACAUAAGAUUGAGGGAACAGCCAUUGAAGUGUGCCGAUAUGUUCCACCCCCUCCUCCAAAACCAGUUCCAAUGUACUCCAACAAAUUUUUCAUUAAAACCCUCAGUGGCAAAACCACAAAGGACGGACUUGAAAUUUUCCCGGAGGCAACAACCAACAUAAUGCCCUCUAGUAUCGAGUAUGGGGAACUGGAGGGAACGGCACUUGUCACAUUUGAAGAAAAUCUUGAGGUAGCCAUGAUAAAAGUGACGAACAUUCCACCGGACACGUCCGAGGAUUCAUUGCUGUUUUUCUUCGAGAAUCGAAGAAAAAGUGGAGGCGGGUCAAUAAAGGAGUUGGAGUAUGACCCAGAUACUCAGUCAGCUGUCAUCACGUUUGAAGACCCUGCAGCUGUGGAGAGAGUUUUGGGGAAAGUGCCAAUUUUGUUUAGUGGAAAACAGAUUGGAGUGGAGGAAUUCCGACCGAACAUAAAAGAGGAGAGUACCGCUGAAGAGCCUGACACGGAAUCGGAGAAUGUUUUAGAGGUUAGGGGCGUGUCUUCAUCAACAAGCUCCGACACAGUGGAAAUGUACUUCGAGAAUACUCGUUGUUCAGGAGGAGGAGACAUAAAACAAAUAAUACGCGAGGCAGACGUGGCAUUUUACAUAAUAUUUGAGGAAGAAGGAGUGAUGGAAAAUGUACUGCGCAAGAAACAUAAGAUUGAGGGAACAGCCAUUGAAGUGUGCCGAUAUGUUCCACCCCCUCCUCCAAAACCAGUUCCAAUGUACUCCAACAAAUUUUUCAUUAAAACCCUCAGUGGCAAAACCACAAAGGACGGACUUGAAAUUUUCCCGGAGGCAACAACCAACAUAAUGCCCUCUAGUAUCGAGUAUGGGGAACUGGAGGGAACGGCACUUGUCACAUUUGAAGAAAAUCUUGAGGUAGCCAUGAUAAAAGUGACGAACAUUCCACCGGACACGUCCGAGGAUUCAUUGCUGUUUUUCUUCGAGAAUCGAAGAAAAAGUGGAGGCGGGUCAAUAAAGGAGUUGGAGUAUGACCUAGAUACUCAGUCAGCUGUCAUCACGUUUGAAGACCCUGAAGCUGUGAAGAGAGUUCUAGGGAAAAUUCCAAUUUUGUUUAGUGGAAAACAGAUUGGAGUGGAGGAAUUCCGACUGAACAUAAAAGAGGAGAGUACUGCUGAAGAGCCUGACGUGGAAUCGGAGAAUGUUUUAGAAGUUAGGGGCGUGUCUUCAUCAACAAGCUCCAACACAGUGGAAAUGUACUUCGAGAACACUCUUCGUUCAAGAGGGGGAGACAUAAAACAAAUACGCGAGGAAGACGGAAUAUUUUACAUAAUAUUUGAGGAGGAAGGAGUGAUGGAAACUGUAUUGCGCAAGAAACAUAAGAUUGAGGGAACAGCCAUUGAAGUGUGCCGAUAUGUUCCACCCCCUCCUCCAAAACCAGUUCCAAUGUACCCAAACAAAGUUUUCAUUAAAAACCUCAGUGACAAGACCACAAAGGACGGAGUUGAGAACUUCCUGGAGGCAAAAACCAGCACAACGCCCACUAGUAUCGAAUAUGGGGAACUGGAGGGAACGGCACUUGUUACAUUUGAUGAAAAUCUAGAUUUUGAGAAACUACAGCUAGCUUGUAAAAAGAGAAGUUUAUACAAAUCUCAUCUGGAGGUGUGUCCAGUUCCGGUAACGAACUGUGUGAUUGUUCGUAACGUCUCGGAGAUAACGUCUCGAGACUCGCUGGAAUUUUACUUUGAUAAUGAAAAAAGAAGUGGGGUCACAGGGGUUUUGGAUGUCAAAAUGUAUGAUGGAUUCGGUUUGGUCUAUUUUGAGGAGCCAGAAGCUGUGGAAGUGGUGUGUGCCAAAUCUCACAGAGUCGAUGGUCAAGACCUUGAAGUAAAGAUAUAUUAUGAAUGCCUGGGGCAGGUGGAAAGUGAUGAAGAGGGACCAUUCCAGCCUCCAGGACUACUGGAGCUUACAGACCUGGAUACCAAGAAGUUACAGUUUCUGAUGAAGUCCCCUCCAAAUCAGGAGGCUGUACAGAAGCAGUUGGAGGUUGUAUAUGGGAAGCCAGUGUGGCCAACAAAUUUCAAAGUUAAUUCUCUCAGUAUAGAAUGCACCUUGACUGCAGAAACCAAAGAUUGCAGGAAAAUCUGCAGAAUAUGGGAAGCUAAAGUGAAGGAAAAUAUGAACAAGUUCUUGGAUCUUCUGCUUGUGAUAAAACACACCACGUUGAAAGAAGCUUUCCCUUUAGUUCUUAAUGAAUUGAAGUCUCUCACUAUCAGUAAUCCAGAUGCAGUAGCUGUUAUCCUGGAGAGAAACAAUCAUGAAAUGUACGUGACAGGGCACAAACAGGCAUCAACAGAAGUGUCCAAACAGAUUAGUGAUAUCAUCCAGAAGGUUGAUGAAGAGUUGGAUAGGACGAAAACACGAUAAAAAACAAUUGAAGCGUCACCAAGUGUUGAUACUACAGUUUUGCAAGUUUGAGAAAGAUGUGCAGAAAAAAUACAAGGAUGUUUCUCUGAAAUAUGACCUUGGGAAAAACUGUGUGAAGUUUGAAGGACUGAGUGGAGAAGUCACUCUAGUCAUUCUUGAAAUGUUUGAAUUUGUAGCUAAAGUCGUCAAAACUGAGAUUGGGCCAUUUUCUAAGCUUCUUCAGAAUUUCUUACAAAAUCAACCAGUUUAUAGGUAUGUGAAUACCAAAAUGAGGGGAAAAGACGUAGUGGGUGUGUGGGAGUUUAAUAAGGAGCAGGAAACUCUAACAGUCUUCUCACUGUCAGACCAGCAAGCCGUCCAAACCGCUCACCUCUUAAAGGAAUCUGUCAUCGAAACCCCAGUAAACCUGAAAGAAGAAUCAAGGUCUUUACUGACAUCAGGAGAAUGGCAGAGCAAAUCUAACGAGAUUGAGGGACGAGGAGAGAGAUUAAUUAAGAUUGUGACUCAUGCAGCCCAGAAUACAAUAGUUAUUGUGUACAGACAAAUGGGAAGGAUUAUGUCGAGAAUACAUUGAGGAUUUUUUUUUUUAGAUGCAUAGACAGUAUAUGGGAAGGAUUAUGUCGAGAAAUUGUAGAAGAUUUGAUAACAGGUGAUUCUCAAUAACUCGAAGUUCAAGGGACCUUUAUAAACUUUGAGAUAUCGAGAAAUCUAAAUUCCGAAAUUGAAAGUCCGACUAUAAUGGUUUAGAUUUUACAGUAAUCGGAGAUGUUUAGCAGAAUGAUAUUUCGUACCCUCAAGUAGGACCCGGGGUCACCCGAAAGUAGUUCUUAUAUCUCGAAAUAAAUGUGCGUAAAAAUAAAUACAAGUAAAACUCUUAUCCGUUAGAAAAGGUUGAAUAUGCAUACUUUCUGCAUGACUUUAUCAUUAUCGAAGCACAAAUAUUUCGGCAGGUAGACAUACUCCAAUUUACAUUCUGUUAUGAAUUCUUUUAUUAGAUUUUUCUACUUUUAUGUGUUUUUCUUAUGCUUAUCAAUUACUAUCAUUAUUAUUAUCAAUCUAUAUUUCUUUUCCUGACGGAGUGAUUUUUUUGUUACAAUGCUUACAGACGAAUAAAUUUCAUCAUUAUAUAAAACCAAAGAAAUAUGCUUUAGUGGGACCAUAUCGAUGUAGGGGAAUUGUUCCCAACCUGUUGAUUAAUGGUUCUACAAAGGUUAUCCGUGGUCACCAUUAUAAUAUAAUGAGGGUUAGUCCUGGUCAUCCAUUGAUAUAUAUAUAUAUAUAUGAUCGUGUUAUAUAUUGUUAAAGAGAAUUUUUUUCCCAUGAAUAAAAAUGUCGUGUUAUAUAUUGUUAAAGAGAAUUUUUUCCCAUGAAUAAAAAUGUCGUGUUA